CCCCAGUGUGGUCGCCCUCGAAAAGCGUGCUUUUGUAAUUCUCAUGAUUUAUUUUCCUCUCGUUGCAGCCAACGCGGGCCAGUACGCACACUACGUCUUCCGAACCUUGGACCAGGACCACAGCGGGCUGCUCAACUUCGAGAACUUCGUCCACGGGCUGUCCGUGCUCUCGCGCGGGUCCAUCGACGAGAAGCUGCGCUGGACCUUCUCGCUGUACGACGUGAACGGCGACGGCCGCAUCACGCGCGAGGAGCUCGCCGACGUGGUGGGCUCGGUGUACGAGAUCAUGGGCAAGACGGCGCACCCGGCCGCCGACCAGCACGCCAUCGUCCAGGACAAAGUGGAUCGCAUCUUCCAGAAGCUGGAUCUGAACGGCGACGGCGUCGUGACCCUGGACGAGUUCCUGGACGCGUGCCUCCACGACGAGGAGAUCAAGCGGUCCAUGGCGGUGUUCGACUCGUGCUUCUGACCUUUGCCCUGGGUCGCCGGCGACCCGGAACUGUCGCCGGACGGCCUGCUUCUCGACGGCGGCGCGCCGGAAGCUCCAGAAGCACCGGACGCACCGGACGCACCGGAACCGGAAGCACCCGGGGCCCUCGACACGUCCUGCUCGAGCGGACUAAGCGAUGCCCCGUCGUAAAAGGAGGAGGAGAAAAAGGGGACAUGGACAUCGCCUAGGCAGCGCGAGCCGAGAGAGCGCUGCACUGUGCAACACAGCCCUUGACGUGUGUGGAUAGUGUGACCGCCUUAUUCUAGAGCCCCCUUCCUAACAAAAAACAUUGUGUCUUUCAUUCUAUUUUUUGACCAAAGCUGUAGAAGUUUAUAUUUUGCAGAUAGAUAGAUAGAUAAGAUAACUAUAAUUGUGUGAUGUGGGAGAGAACAACUUUAAAUCGUGUAAUUAGUUGUAAAUUUAAGAACGCUAGAAUCACGUGAGAAUAAAUAAAAAUGUUAUGGAUAUGAGUUUAUAUCCACAAGCCAAAGCCUGAA